GGCGCGUGAAAGGCAAUGCCAGAUGCAGCCGAUCACAAAAAUGACCGCUACCACGCCGCCGACGGACUUGAGGGCGAUAUCGAGGAUGUCGACAUCGUCUGUGGAAAAGGUCGAAAUAUGUCCGACAUGUCCCUCUGUCAGUGCGCAUGAUUCUGCGGCUCUGCUACUACUCUACUACGGGCACGCUCCAACUCACCUUGAAUGAAGCGCACGGCAGGCUCAGCCAAUCCUCGCGCGGGAGGCCUGACCGACAGCCAAUCAGGUGCCCACGGAGUGAGAGAGGAGCCUCGGUUUGUGACGGCGCGCGCCGGAGAGAGCGUGAUCCUGGGGUGCGACGUGUCCCCUCCCCUGGAUGGCCAGCAGCCCCCCUACGUGGUGGAGUGGUUCAAGUUCGGAGUGCCUAUUCCCUUCUUCAUCAACUUCCGCUUCUACCCUCCCCAUGUGGACCCUGAGUACACCGGUCGAGCCUCUCUGCACGGGAAGGCCUCCCUGCAGAUCGAGCCGGUGCGCUCGGAGGACCAGGGCUGGUACGAGUGCCGGGUCCUGAUGCUGGAGCAACAGUACGACACCUUCCACAACGGCAGCUGGGUGCACCUCACGGUCAAUGCGCCGCCGACAUUUACAUCGACGCCGCCGCAGUAUGUGGAGGCCAAGGAAGGAGGCAGCAUCCUACUUAGCUGCUCCGCCCAGGGAAACCCCAAACCUGUAAUCAGCUGGCUGAGGGAAGGGGAGGAGCUUGCCACCAACACUAAAUAUUCGGUGCACGACGGAAGCCUGACCAUCCUCGGCAUCACCCGCGACGACAGGGGCGCGUAUACGUGCAGAGCCUACAGCGACCAGGGGGAGGUGCUUCACACCACCCGUUUGCUGGUGCAAGGGCCUCCGUUCAUCGUGUCCCCGCCAGAGAACGUCACUGUCAACAUCUCCCAGAAUGCAUUGUUCACCUGCCAAGCCGAAGCGUAUCCUGGCAACUUGACCUACACCUGGUUCUGGGAGGAGGAUAAUGUCUACUUCAAGAACGAUCUGAAACUGCGAGUGCGCAUCCUCAUCGACGGCACCCUCAUCAUCUUCCGGGUCAAGCCCGAGGACGCGGGAAAAUACACGUGCGGACCGAGCAACAGUCUGGGCAUCUCGCCCUCGGCGUCGGCCUACCUGACCGUUCAGUACCCGGCCCGAGUGAUCAACAUGCCGCCAGUCAUCUACGUCCCCCGCAAACUGCCAGGCAUCAUCCGCUGCCCGGCCGACGCCAAUCCACCAGUGACGUCGGUGAAGUGGGAGAAGGACGGCUACCCUCUGCGUGUGGACAAGUACCCCGGCUGGAGCCUGACGCCAGACGGGAGCAUCCGGGUAGCCGAAGCCACCGAAGACUCCCUGGGCACCUACACCUGUGUGCCUUACAACGCCCUGGGUACCAUGGGCAUGUCCCCCCCUGCCACUCUGGUGCUAAAGGAUCCCCCUUACUUUAACGUGAGGCCUGGGGGGGAGUACCGACAGGAGGCCGGCAGAGAGUUAGUCAUCCCCUGUGCUGCUUCUGGAGACCCCGAUAUUCCCAGCAUCACUUGGAGGAAGGUUGGGAAGCCAAGCCGGAGCAAGCACAACAUCCUCCCGAGCGGCAGCUUACAGUUCAUGUCGCUCAGCAAGGAGGAUCAUGGCGAGUGGGAGUGUGUCGCGACCAACGUGGUCACGAGCAUCACUGCCAGUACCAAGAUCCUGGUCAUUGGCACCAGCCCACACGCUCCCGGCAACAUCCACGUUGUGCCCUCGACCACCUCCGCUAAUGUAUCCUGGGAAUCGGGCUACGAUGGCGGCUUCGAGCAGACUUUUUCCGUGUGGUACGGUCCAGUGUCAAAGAGAGUGGACUUCGGUCCACACGACUGGCAUUCCAUGCCGGUUUCUGGUGCUCAGACGUGGUUGCUGGUGCCAGGGCUGGAGGCUGGGACAGAGUAUCAGUUCAGCGUGCUGGCCCAGAACAAGCUGGGCACAGGCCCAUUCAGCGAAGUUGUGACAGUCAACACUGCAGGCUCUCCUCUGGGUACCCCAGAACCACUGGUGCUUCUUACCCCACCACGGUGCCUCACCGCAAACCGCACUCAGCACGGUGUCCUCCUCACUUGGCUCCCCCCGGGCAACCACUCCUCUCCCAUCAACCGCUACAUCAUGGAGUUCCGCCUCGGGGAGCGAUGGGAGACCCUGGACGACCUGAUCCCGUCCACUGAGACUGAGCUAGUCGCCAGAGACCUGGUUCAGGAGUCCUGGUAUGAGUUUCGAGUGAUGGCAGUCAUGGAAGACUUGAUCAGCGAAAGCAGUAAUGUAGUGGGAGUGUCCAGCACGGAUCCCUUCCCCCCCGCGGAGGUGGCCGACGAGGGGCUGGCUCGCCCGUUGGUGGCGGGCGUGGUGGCAACGAUUUGUUUCUUGGCAGCGGCCGUUCUCUUCAGCACUCUGGCGGCGUGCUUCGUCAACAAGCAGCACCGGCGCAAGCUCAAACGCAAACCAGAUCCCCCCUUGUCCGUGACACACUUCAGGAAGAGCGUGGAAUCACCGCCUCCUCUCACCCCCUUGCCAGGGGUAGAGCCCUGCUGGGACGAGCCUGCCAGGAGCACUUUCUUGCCCCCGCCCGCCAGCCCCCUAUUGUCAUCAGGGAAGAUCAGCCCAGAGAGCUCGCCACCAUCCCGGCCUCGCUCCAUUUCUUCCGAGGGUUCCCACGGACCCGGGCUGUACGUCAGGAAACUGCCCAGCCCUCAGCGUGACAAGGACAAGGAGCUCUCCUUCUACAAGAAAACCAAGCGUGCCAUAGCCAGCAAGAAGUACAGCGUCUCCAAGCACGAGGCCGAAAGCACCACGCCGAUCGAGCUGAUAUGCCGCGGCCCCGACGGCCGCUUCGUCAUGGAAACCAGCCCGCCGCCUCGGCGCAUCCAGGGCUUCCCCUUCGCCGAGGAGUCCGACCUGUACCCCGAGUUCCGGCAGUCCGACGAGGAGAACGAUUUCGACCCCGGGCCUCUGCCGCCCAUCAUGCCCACGCUGCGGCCCCAGCUGUCCCCGACAUCUUCCAGCCUGGAGUCCACGCAGCCCCCAACCUACAGCCCCCACCUGCACAGGGCCAUGGAAGGUAUGAGCUUCGCAGAGGGCGGCGCAAUCCACGCCUCGGGGCAGGCCCCGUCCGCUCGCUACAGGGGCUUCCCCCAGGGCCCCUUCUAUGGGUAUCUGGGCAGCCGCAUCGAAUCAGGGAUCCCGCCGCCAUUCUACAUGCCCGACGUCAGCCCGCAUAGCUCCGCUCUGUCCUCACCGCCGGGCACCGCCGAGGGGCCCUUUGGCUAUCCCUCUAUCCCCGAGGAGAGCGGCGAGAUGGAGCACCAUCAGUACACCGCCUCCGGCCAUUCUCUGUCUCGCAGCCCUCCCCCUCGCUCACCUGAAAGUUGGCAGCCUCACGCGUUACCCUUCCUGGGUCUGGAGGGUCCACGCUUCAUGUUCGCCUCGCACCAUCCUUUACAUCAUCCUCCGGACAUGGCCGAGCCGCCCUCGUACGCCUCUCACUCGCUCCCGCCCGGUCGCCUCCACCUUCCUCCCAUGACGGAUCCGACUAGCCCGAGACUCCUGCAGCUGGAGGUCCCCGUGGCUCCCCCGGGCAGAGCCGGGCCCCCGGGGCCUCCGGCUAGGCGUUUAGCUAUGCAACAGGCCCAAAGUCUCGGCCAGCUCAGACACACGGCCCACGGAGUGGGCGUACCAGUGUUGCCUUACCCUGACUCGGCAGCCCGCGCAGGGAGCCCAAGCACAGCCCCCAGUAGUAGCCCCCAGUCUUGGCUCAGCCCGAGGGCGGGGCGCCGAGCUGACCCCGGCCUGCCCCCCUUAGUGCUCCAACCCUCCCGCCUGUCCCCGCUCUCCCAAAGCCCGCUUAGCACCCAGCCGGGUUCUCCGGAUAUUCUCGUGCGCCCGCCUCCACGCUCCGGCAUCCUCCGCACCUCUCGGUCUCUGGAGAUGGCCGAGCUCAGCCUGCAGACCUCGGCCGCCGCCUCCCGGAGGUCCUCCCUGACCGCCUCGCCCACUCCGAGUCAGGGCGGCAAGCAGGCCGGCCCUAGUUACCACGCCGCCCACAUGUCCUACGCCUCCACGGCAGCCAGUUACCCCUCGCAGUCCCCCUCUCCCCCGUCGGAGGGCAGGGACGUUUUCGGGCAAAGGCCAUCCCAGAGAAGGACAGAGGAGGAGAUGCUACCCUCAGAACCCUCCCAGCUCCAGGUUUCAGCCUCAGGGGAGCCUCUAGGUGGGGCUAGCGAUGCUGCUGCUGGGUCUGAGAGUCUCCCGGCAUUGCUACACCACUGUAUCACUAAAGCUAAGGGAGUGGCCACCAACAAUAAUAACAACGCGACCUCUGCGAGGAGAACCGGUGCGACUCCCUCUCAGACCCAGCAGCCAUGUCAGACCCCCCACGGGGACGAGUUACUCGACCGGACGAGAAAACGGCAAACCAAGAAGAACCCCUAUCUCUAUUUGGCCUCCUUGCUGCAUCGCGGGCGCUCCGAGGAAGACCAGACGGGCAUCCUGACCGGCGCCGACUCGGAGGGCCCCAAUUACGGGACCCUCCGCUGACCCGAGGGGCCUGCCAAGCUGUUGAACUCCAUUUCAAGCCCGCUGUGCCCCCCACCCCACCACCGCAACCCAAUCUUAGUAUCAACCCGAUAGCUUUCGUAUGAUCUCUCGAGCUGAUGGGGGUUCCAACGGAGGCGUCGACGUGAGUACAUGAACGUUUAGUUUGGCUUCCCUCCAUCUCACUUGAAAAGAUAUAUCAUGUAUAUAAAUAGUCAAAACAAGGGAGUGAAGUUCCGUACUACAGUAAUAAAGACGUUUUUUUUUUCACUCACGCGAGAGGGGGCGGGCAAUGUGGUUCCAUAUAUUUUUUCCAGUGAUACAGUGUACUGUUAUACCCGGUGCAACCACUCACCAACUUUUCCUACAAUACAAAUAGUGUCAGUAUUUAAACACAGGGUUCUUACCACCAAAUAUACCUCAGAGUAAACGCAGAGUUGCUGUAAUUCUUGUGGUAUACUGUACGUACUUGACCUUUUUACAUACGGAGAAGAAAAAAAAAAGAAUAUUAAGGUUUGGGUCACGCGAUGUGCUCGUUUUUUUUUGUUUCGUUUUCCCCGACACGUUAGCUAGCGUAUGGUUCUCGCUAUUAGCUUGUGUUUAUUUAGCGGUACUAUCCACUUGAGACCGUGUCUUAAUGUGUCGAUGUUACGAGGACGGACUCGCCGACGGUCGGGAGGUUUUAGACGAACAGGGUGACCAAUCGUAAAAUGUUGACAAGGAUGAAUUUCACUUGGUGGCACAUCUGGAGGUGCCUUUUUUUGCCUUUGCGCUUUGUCUUUUUUCUAGCUUCGACUUGCCUUUUCCGUCGCCUUCUCGCAUUAGUCUCGUCGGGAAGGACUCCAAUACUACUGUUCUGUUUUAUGCCAGAGAGGAAGCAUGACUCCUUUUUUGUUUUCUUUGUUGGCUUUUUAUAGUUUUCACCGCGCAUUUCCGAGUAGACGUGAAAUGCGCAGGGCUACCAAAAGGGAAAAAAAGGCAAAUAAAUAAACUAAUAAAUAAAAGUUCAUGCAGACGGAGUAAAGGUGCUGCAUGUUCAGUAGAAAUUUAGCAAGCAUACAAUUGCCUCAUAAAGCUGGAAAGUGCUAAAAGCAAUGAAUUCAAUACAGCGGACCCUCGGGACUCAAGUUAUGAAAGAGGUUCAACAUAGUUUUUCACAAUCUUAAUAAACAAUGAUCCAAGUCCAUAGAUAUUAUUGAUCACACACAUCUAAGACUUGACUAGACAGUCUGCUACUAGCUAAGCAGCACCUAGCGACACACAUAAAAACGUUAGCAUGGAAACUUUAACGAGAGCACGGCAUAAUUAAUGACGAUUAGCAUUGCGUUGAUUCGUAGAGCAUUGAAUUGUUGUGUCCCUCAAUAUGUAAUUCCCUGUAAAUGCAGAAACAGUAGCGGCGGCUCACUAGCAGCUAGCGCUAGCAACUGAGGCUAACAUCAACUCCACCAAAAAAAGUCUGAAAAUACAAAUGUCUUUGGCAAUGUUUUGUUUUGAUGUUUUAUUACUGUCAUUUUCAUUUGUUUCUUUGGCUUAUCAUUAUGGAUACAUAAAAAAAAAGCCAAAGAAAACAAACAAACCACCCUAAAACAUCACAUUUGACUUCCGUCCAAGUCUCGGGGGUUCACUGUGCUCAACCGCAACCAACAGCACGACUGUUCAACAACCAUACAUUACUUUCCAGCUACUACUCUGUAUGUUUGUUAAUUUUCUGACACUAGCCGAUAAUGAAUGUACGUUUUUCGCUGUACAGGAAAUGAAUGUCGCGAUGUCGCAGUGCAUUGAAUGACCGUUGUUUUCUUCUUUGUUUUUUUUUAAAGCGCAGCCUGCAUCCAGGCCAAAUCGUUCGGUACUGUUAGGCCCCUUUACGAGCUCUCUUUUCCUUUAAAUACUUUUUUCAAUCACGCAAACAUGCCACAGAUGAGAAGUCAAAGCUGAUGGUUGCCUGAAAGUGAGCACCCACGCAAAUCGGUAUACGAAACGGAAAUUUAAGAAGAACGGAAAAAAGAUCUAUAUUUGUUAUGUACUGUACAUGUAUCGUAUUUGUAAAGAGAACCCGCGUUUUACGGGAAGACCUUCUUGUAAUGAGGAUGUACAAAACUGACAAGAGAUGUAGAGAGAGAAAUUAGAUUAUAUACGGUAAAUAUAUUAAACACUCAAAAAAAAACAGUAUUUGCUUACAGUACGGCUUUAAGUGGAAAUAUUUAAAGGUGCCUCAUUUGUCACGCUUUUAGCGCACAUGGUUUUACCCCCAGAGGAGUGAACGUAACAAUGUUAGCAACGUACGAUGUAUUGCUUCUGCUUGUAUAUUUCAUCCCGUGAAAAUGUUAAGCUCCGCAACUUCGAUAGGCGCUUUCACGCAGAGCCUGCAAAAUUCCUGCAACAGAGUUGUGACAGUAGGGCUGGGUGAUUGUUGUGGCUUUAUGCUCUGAUACACUGUUGUAGUGUUGUCACUAACCGUGGGUUGCUUACUGGUUGUUUCACCAAUAAUACACGGAGGCAAGGAUGCAGUACAAGUCGAUCUUUUACUGCCCGCUCAGUCAACAUCUCCCCGACUCUCAAUACAGACAGACCACACAGUCGAGCACCGAGUGCUCGAUUCCAAUCUACCACAUCCCUCUUUUCCAACUGAGAAGUAGCUUAUCUAGUAUCGGUUACCUUAACUCUUUGGUAUCAACAUUGAUCACAAUUUCGACAUGCAUAUAUCAAUUACAAACAAAUCAUGUUUCAACAACCCUAAUGGCUUUCAACAAUCUUUUUUUUUUCCUUCCGAACCUAUAACAUUUUAUAACACUUCACGAUAAACACAAAACAUCCACACUUUAAUUUCUCCAUCACUUUCUUUCUUAACAUUGAGUAACAACAUCACUUUGUCAUUCAGUGUACCUGGCAGGGCGCCUAACUGCUCUGCCACUCCUGGUAUAGCAUGUGGGCAUACUGUCCACAGGCACAGGACAAGGGUUGCGUGGUACCGGUUCCAGUGGUGGUGAGUCCACUGUUGCAGUAGCCUGAGUAUGUUGAAACUCAGAGUCCAAAUGUUCAUCAGGGUGAGAGUCUUUGAACAGGCUUGGGUGUAUCUUUCUCAGAUGUCGCCUGUUCCUCCUGCGUGUCCUCCCUGCCGGUGUCUGUACAGUGUAGGAGCGUGGUUCAUCUCGCUGCCUGAUGACAACCGCUGGCUCCCAGCCGCGUCGCGUCUGCAUGUGCACCGUGUCUCCUGGGGUCAGCACUGGCAGUUGCUUUGCACGCUGGUCGUAGUGUUGCUUUUGCCGGGACUGCAAGUCCUGUAUUCUUUCGAGAAUAUGCUGUGGGGAUGACUGUUUCAGCACAGCACUGGAACAUGGAAGUGUGCUGCGCAGGACUCUACCCAUCAACAUUUGUGCAGGUGUCAGGUUUAGUCCUGUCACCGGUGUGUUUCUCAGCGACAGCAACACUAGAUGUGGGUCAGUGCCAGUCUGCACUGCUUUCUUCAGCGCGUGUUUUACCGUCUUUAUGGCCCGCUCCGCCAUUCCAUUUGAAGAGGGAAAACCUGGGCUGGAGUGUGUGAGCUUGAACUCCCAUGAAGCUGCAAAUGACUGCAUCUCAUAGCUGGCGAAUGGGACAUGAUCACUCACUACCUCCUUAGGUAUCCCAUGUCUGGCAAAGACAGACUUCAUCUUCUGAAUCACCGUGCGAGCUGUUUUAUCAGUCAGGUUGAGCACUUCUGGAUAUUUUGUCAGGUAAUCCACCAACAGCAGGUAUGACUGACCAUGCAGCUCGAAGAUGUCAGCUCCAACUUUCAUCCAUGGCAGUUCAGGAACCUGGUGUGGAAUGAGUGGCUCAGCCUGGUGUCUGGGCUGUAGCUGCUGGCACUGCACACAUUUUUCCACCAUUGUCUCUAUGUCUCGUGUCAUGCCAGGCCAGUAAAGGACUUUUCUCGCUUUAGCUUUAGUACGCUGCACGCCUUGGUGUGCAAGGUGCAGCUUCUCCAAAAUCACUCUCUUGAAGCACUCGGGUAUUAUGAUUUUGUCUCCGACCAUCACAAUGUCAUUCACGAUGCUGAUAUUGUCCCUCAUUGGCCAGUAACUGUGUAGUUUACUGUCCAGACUUUUCUUUUUCAUGGGCCAACCCUUCAAGUGUCUCUCACAUACAGCUUGUAACACGCCAUCUGCUGCCGUUGCUGAUUUCAGCUGGCUAAGUGUUUCGUUACUCAACGCGUCUGUGGCUUCCAAGGCAUACACAACUCUCUCAUCACAAGGGUUCUCAUUGAGAUUGCCACUGUCAUUGCACGCUGUGGCGCGUGAGAGCGUGUCCGCGAUGUACAUGUGUUUGCCUGGUGUAUAUGUCACAUUCAAAUCAUACCUCUGUAGUUGUAGAAGCAUCCCUUGCAGCCGUGCUGGCGCUUUGCUCAGUGGUUUGCGCACAAUGACCUCCAAAGGUUUGUGAUCAGACUGCACUGUUACUGUUCUUCCGUAAACAUACUGGUGAAACCUUUUAGCAGCAAACACUAUGGCAAGUAACUCUUUCUCGAUUUGCGCAUAUCUUUUUUCAGUGUCCGUGAGCGCUCUUGAUGCAUAGCACACCGGGUGGCCAUCCUGCAGCAGACAGGCUCCCAGCCCAUCCUUUGAGGAAUCUGCUUGCAGAGUCAGCGGCUGCUUGUGAUCGUAGUACCUCAGAACAGGCGCUUGUGUGAGGGUAGACUUCAGCGUCUGUAGUGCUGCGCUGUGGUGUGGGCACCACUGCCAUGCUACGUCCUUCUUUAGCAGCUGUCUGAGGGGUGCCGUGAGUGAGGCUUCAUUUGGUAUGUACUGCGCCAGGAAUUUUGUCAUUCCCAGCAGGCGUUGGAGACUUUGUUUGUCGUCCGGGGUCGGCAUGUCGACAAUCGCUUUGAUCUUGGCGUCAUCAGCCCUCUGUCCUGCUGCCGUGAUGAUGUGUCCCAUAUAUUUUACUGUGUUCACUUUGAACUGGAUUUUGUCUUUGUUAAAUUUCACAUUGGCAGACUUUGCUCUCUCCAUUACUUUCUGCAGGAUUUCAUCAUGUUCUUGCUCUGACGAUGCUGCUAUAAUCAUGUCGUCUGCUAUGACGUACACACCUGGAAUGUCGCCGAAGGUCUCACAAUUCUUUUGUUGAAAGACUUCACUGGCCGACUUAAUCCCAAAUGGUAGCCUGAGGAAGCGAAAGCGUCCCCACGGCGUGUUGAAGGUGCAGAGCUUAGAUGAUGGCUCAUCUAGCUUGAUCUGCCAGUACCCAUCCUUCUCAUCCAAGAUGGAGAAGAUGGAUUUUCCAGCCAGUCCGCUGCGCACAUCUUCAGGAGUAGGAAUGGAGUAAUGCUGGCGCUUGACUGCCUCAUUCAGGUUGCAAGGAUCCAAACACACCCUCAGCGACCCGUUCUUUUUCUUAGUGGCAACAAGACUGUUCACCCAUUCUGUUGGUUCAUUCACCGGUGUUAUCACUUUUCUGUUUUGUAAGUCUUCGAUUGUCACUUUCAGCGCAUCCAUGAUGGAGAGGGGUACAUUCCUGCAUGCGUGAAUCACAGGAGUGACGCUGGGGUCGACGUGUAUGUGAUGAACUCCAGGAAAUUCCCCCAAUCCUGUGAAUACAUCAGCAUAUCUUAGUAGUAGCUCCUCUUUGGUGGCUGGCGGUUGUUGUUGUUGUGGAGCCUUUGCCGCGAGCGACCCCAUCCUCUUCACCAGUUGCAGCUCUUCACAAGCCUCCCCUCCUAGAAUUGGCUUGUCUGCUUGGCUACUCACGUGGAAGUCCAGCACAGCCUUGCGUUUAGACGUUCUGCAUUCUAAAGAUGCAACACCAUCUGCUGUCAGGCGUGCCCCUCCAAAAGCUAUCAACAUAGUCUUUGUUGGACGCAGCUGAACGGGACCUGGUAGCUGCUGGUAUAGCUGCCUGGGCAGCACAUUAGCGUCAGCACCAGUGUCCAGCUUGAAGUCAAUUGCAACACCUCUGAUCGUGGCUGUUUCGCGCCAUACAGUGUCCUUUGUUUGGUGUGCUGUUUUCUUGGUUCCAUUUCCAAUCAUGCCUAUGUAUAAACAGUCCAUUUCUUUUUCUAAAUUGUUUACAGUCUUUGUCUUACAAUGGCUAUUUUUCUCAUAGCCACCCCUACACACCUUUGAAAAGUGGUUAUUUUUUCCACAUUUAUGACACACAGCGCCGUAAGCUGGGCAUUGACGAGGCUCGUGCUUGUUUCCGCAUUUACGGCACACAGUCAUUACCUGCUUCUUGUAGCUUGGUUUGUUCUUGUCCCAGCUGCGUGUUUGCACUCUUGCUCUAUUUAACGCAUCCACUGAGGCAUCAUGGACAACAGGUGACGCUUGCAUCGCUUGUAUUUGUGACUUGGCGAGUUCUGCUGAUCUACAUGUUUCCAUUGCUCUGCGUAAAGUAAGUGCAUUAUCACGUAACAGUCUCUCUUUCAGAUGGGUAUCACUAAUGCUGAACACCAAUUUAUCCCUUAUCAUGUCAUCUUCAUGUCUUCCAAACUCACAGUUCUUGCUCUUCUGACGUAGUUCUGUGAUGAAUCUGUCCACCGAUAUUCCUGAUGACAUUGUGUGUGACCAAAACUGA